UACGCCAGAGCAAGAUGGCCGACACGAUGGCUACUGCCGGGGCCAGCAGCUCCGGAACGAGGUCAGGAAGUAAACAAUCCACUAACCCUGCUGAUAACUACCAUCUGGCCCGGAGGCGAACCCUGCAAGUGGUUGUGAGCUCCUUGCUGACAGAGGCAGGGUUUGAGAGUGCUGAGAAAGCAUCUGUGGAAACAUUGACAGAGAUGCUACAGAGCUACAUUUCAGAAAUUGGGAGGAGUGCCAAGUCUUACUGUGAGCACACAGCCAGAACGCAGCCCACGCUGUCAGAUAUCGUGGUCACACUUGUUGAGAUGGGUUUCAAUGUGGACACUCUCCCAGCUUAUGCAAAACGGUCUCAGAGGAUGGUCAUCACUGCCCCUCCAGUGACCAAUCAGCCAGUGACCCCCAAGGCUCUCACUGCAGGGCAGAACCGACCCCACCCGCCACACAUCCCCAGCCAUUUUCCUGAGUUCCCCGACCCCCACACCUACAUCAAAACUCCGACAUACCGCGAGCCUGUGUCCGACUACCAGGUCCUGCGGGAGAAGGCUGCAUCCCAGAGACGUGACGUGGAGCGGGCACUCACCCGUUUUAUGGCCAAGACAGGCGAGACCCAGAGUCUCUUCAAAGAUGACGUCAGCACGUUUCCAUUGAUUGCUGCCAGACCUUUCACCAUCCCCUACCUGACAGCUCUUCUCCCAUCUGAACUGGAGAUGCAACAAAUGGAAGAGACGGAUUCCUCAGAGCAGGACGAGCAGACAGACACAGAGAACCUCCCACUUCACAUCAGCACGGAUGACUCCGGAGCCGAGAAGGAAAACACCUCUGUUCUGCAGCAGAACCCCUCCUUGUCGGGGAGCCGGAACGGGGAAGAGAACAUCAUCGAUAACCCCUACCUGCGCCCCGUGAAGAAACCCAAGAUCCGCAGGAAGAAGUCCCUCUCGUGAGCUGAGAAGGAAGCCCGCCUUGUACAGAGACACGGACACAACCCUCCUGGGGGAGUUAAAGCCAUUCAAAGGAAGUGGAGAGGGUGGCCUGUGGUCCGGCUGAGGCUGCUGGGGUGUGACCGGGCAUGAUUUUAAUAGCAAACUCUGUAUUAAGAUUUUCUAUUUUCACUGGAUGUGUGGGUGAGGAAGACCUGAUAUGAUGGUAAUAACGAGGCUUUCUUAAUCAACCAGGCCGUGCUGUGGGGUGUCGGAGCAGCUGGUAUCUUCAUUUGUUAUCACAGAACCUGAUUCCUGAAAGACCAGGAAGGGCGGCAGGAAAGGGGGCGCUGUGCUUUCUUCCUUGCUUACUGACAGAAGGACUCAGCCUCGUUUCCAUUCCAGGCUAUCUGGGCCCCUUUUAUUGACUCAAACAAUUUGUAGCACCUAUUUAUCAUCCUAGAACCCCAUUCUCCUUUCCUUCCUUAGCUGGGCCCCAAGUGCCCUGUUGAGCUGAUAGAGAGUGGCCGCCUUCGCACACAUCACUCGUGCU